AAAAAAAAAAAAAGAAAAAAAAAAAAGUAAAAAGCUAAAAGAAGACUUGACAAAAACACCGUUUUCUUGGUUUCCAACUAAAGACCAAACAAGAGAGAUCUAAAACACUAAAAAUAAAACACACCCACGUUCAGAAAGAUAGUUUUUUUCUUUUGUUGGUAGUUUUUUUCUUUUGUUGGGAGGGACAAGAAUCUAUCAAGACUCAAUUUUUAUGUGUUCUUUAUUCAAAGAUUUUGCAUGUGGGUAUUGAUUAUCUUGAUGAAAUAGUGGUUACAUUAAUGGGGAGAGGGAGGCCUAGGGCUGUAGAGAAAGGAGUGUUAGGGCAAAAUACAAGUACAUCCCCAUGUAGUGGGAUAUUGAAUAUACCAUCGGGGCCAGUGUAUUAUCCAACUGAGGAUGAAUUCGAGGACCCUUUAGAGUUUAUUUACAAGAUCAGGCCAGAGGCUGAGAAAUAUGGUAUUUGUAAAAUUAUCCCACCUAAGAGUUGGAAACCCCCUUUUGCAUUGGAUUUGAAUUCCUUUACAUUUCCAACGAAAACACAAGCUAUUCAUCAGUUACAGGCUCGGUGCGCGUCCUGUGAUCCGAAGACAUUUGAAUUGGAAUACAAUAGGUUCUUAGAGGAGCAUUGUGGGAAGAAGGCGAAGAAACGUGUUGUGUUUGAGGGUGAGGACCUAGAUUUGUGUAAGUUGUAUAACUUUGUUAAACGGUUUGGAGGAUAUGAUAAAGUAGUGAAGGAGAAGAAGUGGGGUGAGGUUUUUAGGUUUGUUCGGCCUGCUGGGAAGAUUUCGGAGUGUGCCAAGCAUGUAUUAUUCCAAUUGUACCUGGAACAUUUGUAUGAUUAUGAAGAGUACUAUAAUAAGUUAAAUAAGCUGGGAAAUAGAAGUUGCAGGAGAGGAAACCAAAGUGAGAGGAAAAGGGAGUCAGACUGUCAAUUCUCAAGUUCUAAGAAAAGGAGAAAGAAUAGUGAGUCUGAUCGAACUGAAAUAUGUAAGGUGAAGGAGGAAGCACACGAUCAAAUAUGUGAGCAAUGCAAAAGUGGAUUACAUGGGGAGGUGAUGCUUCUCUGUGAUCGAUGCAACAAGGGAUGGCAUAUGUACUGUUUAUCACCACCUUUGCAACAAAUUCCACCCGGAAACUGGUAUUGCUUGCAGUGCUUGAAUUCCGAAAAGGAUAGCUUCGGUUUCACACCUGGCAGAGAGUUACCAUUGGAUGCAUUUAGGCGCAUCGCUGAUCGUGCCAAGAAAAAAUGGUUUGGUUCCACAUCAAUUUCACAAGUGGAAUUAGAGAAGAAGUUCUGGGAAAUCGUGGAGGGAUCAGCUGGGGAGGUUGAAGUGAAGUAUGGCAGUGACUUGGAUACUUCCAUAUAUGGCAGUGGAUUUCCACGUGUAACCGAUGAAAAACCAUCAUCAGUUGAACAAAGUACAUGGGAUGAAUAUUGCGCUAGUCCAUGGAACCUCAAUAACUUACCCAAGUUGCCAGGUUCGAUGCUACGAACUGUACAUCAUAGCAUUGCUGGUGUUAUGGUGCCUUGGCUGUAUAUUGGGAUGCUAUUCUCUUCAUUCUGCUGGCAUUUUGAAGACCACUGCUUUUACUCCAUGAAUUAUCAUCACUGGGGAGAGCCAAAAUGUUGGUAUAGUGUUCCUGGAAGUGAAGCCCAAGCUUUUGAGAAGGUAAUGCGUAAUAGCCUUCCUGAUCUGUUUGAUGCGCAACCAGACCUGUUAUUUCAGCUUGUAACCAUGCUGAAUCCACGUGUGUUGCAAGAAAAUGGUGUUCCUGUUUAUAAUGUGUUACAGGAGCCUGGGGACUUCAUUAUUACCUUCCCCAGAUCGUAUCAUGGAGGCUUCAACUGCGGCUUAAAUUGUGCUGAGGCUGUCAAUUUUGCCCCUGCCGACUGGUUACCUCAUGGCGGUUUUGGAGCAGAGCUUUACCAACUUUAUCGCAAAGCUGCUGUUUUGUCUCAUGAAGAGCUGCUCUGUGCAGUUGCCCGGAGUGAAUUUGACAGCAAGGCAGCACCUUACUUGGAAAAAGAAUUGGUCAGGGUUUAUUCUAGAGAAAAGUCUUGGAGAGAGCGGCUUUGGAAAAAUGGCAUUGUCAAUUCUUCUCCCAUGCCGCCUCGUAUGAAACCUGAAUAUGUGGGCACAGAAGAGGACCCUACAUGCAUCAUAUGCCAGCAAUAUUUGUAUCUUUCUGCUGUAGCGUGCAGCUGUGCCCCCUCAUCUUUUGUUUGUCUUGAGCACUGGGAACAUUUGUGUGAAUGUAAGCCACAAAAGCGUCGACUGCUUUAUCGUCACACCCUUGCUGAAUUGAAUGAUAUGGUGCAUCUUACUGAUAGGAGUAAUAAUGAAGAGGCUGCAAAAAAUAUCAACAGGCAACUUCUGUCUUCCCACAAUCCACCUGCUUUGUCAAAAAAGAUAAAAGGUGGCUCUAUCACACAAAUGCAACUUGCUGAAGAAUGGCUAAGAAAGUUCAGUAAGCUUCUCCAGAAUCCUUAUUCUUCAGAUGCUUAUCGUCGUGCAAUAAAGGAAGCCAAACAGUUUAUGUGGGCUGGUCAUGAAAUGGAUCCAGUAAGAGAUUUGGUGAAGAAGUUGAUUGAUGCUCAGAGUUGGGCUCAAUGUGUCAGGGACUCUCUCUCUAAAGUUGAAUCUUGGAUGUCUGAUCGCAAUAGUGAUGUAGCGAAGGUGCAGAUGGAAGUUGUUGACAAUUUGCUUAGCUUAAACCCCGUACCUUGUAAUGAACCUGCACAUCUCAGAUUGAAGGAUUUCCAAAAAGAAGCGAGCCAGCUGACUCUGGAGAUCGAUUCUGUUCUUUCAUCAUGCUCAAAUAUUCUUGUAUCUGAUUUGGAAACCUUGUACUCCAAGACCGUAGAUUGCCCCAUCCACAUCAUAGGAAGUGAGGAAUUGCAAUGCAAGCUGUCUUCAGCUAAGGCCUGGGCUGAAAGAGUAAGGAAAUGUGUGUCUGAGACUUAUGCAAGAGUUGAGGCAGAUAUUCUCUACAAACUAGAGAAGGAGAAUUUAAGCCUUCAAGUGCAACUUCCUGAAGGUGAAAUGCUCCUAAAUUUAAUUAGACAAGUGGAAUGUUGUCAAUCUCAGUGCUGUGAGAUGUUGAAAGGUUCUCUCAGUGUCAAGGAACUUGAAUCGCUUCUCAACAGAUGGGAUGGUUUUGCAGUUAACAUUCCAGAGCUUGAGCUUUUGAGACAAUACCAUAAAGAUACCGUGUCUUGGAUAGCGCGUGUUAAUAAUAUUCUGUUGGGCAUCAGCGAAAGGGAGGAUCAAGAAACUGUAGCCCAUGAGUUAACUUGCAUUCAAAAGGAUGCAUCAUUGCUUAGAGUUAAAGUUGAGGAGCUGCCUUGUUUGGAUAUUGAGCUAAAGAAGGCUCGCUGUAGGGUAAAAGCGCUGAAGGCACUUGGUUGCAAAAUGUCCAUGGAUUAUAUUGAGCAGCUUUUGAUGGAGGCUAGCAUAUUGCAGAUUGAGAAAGAGAAGUUGUUUGCUGAUAUUUAUGAGGUAAAAAAAAUUGCUGUAUCCUUAGAGGAAAGAGCCAAGCGCCUCCUUAGAAACAAGGAAGAAAUAUCUGAAUUUGAGGAUGUUGUAAGGGCUUCAGAGGAGAUUUCUAUGAUUUUUCCUUCUCUUGAUGAAGUCAAGGAUGCGGUAUCGGUGGCUAAGUCUUGGCUAUCUAGGUCACAGCCCUUUUUAUCACGUGAUUCUAUGGAACUUGGUUCAAGUCUUUCUCUUGAAGUUGAAAAUUUGAAGAUAUUGGUAUCAGAAUCUAAGCUUCUGAAGCUAUCUCUGAGAGAACAACUGAUGAUUCAAACAUUGCUUGAUACUUGCACCAGAUGGGAGCAGGAUGCUUGCUCUGCUUUGCAUGAUACAGAGUGGCUGUUGAAUGUCGAAAAUAUAGAUGACGAAAUACUUAGCAGACAUAGUAAAAUUGAAAAACAAAUUCAAGCCAUAGAAUCUGUUGUAGAAGCAGGUCAAGGUCUUGGUUUCAAGUUUGAUAUGGUUCCAAAACUUCAAGAUGCUUGUUCUACUCUUCGUUGGUGCUUUAGGGCUCUAUCUUUUGCUACUGCAAUUCCAACACUUGAGGAAGUCAAGACGAAUUUGGAGAUCGCGAGCCACCUUCCUGUUAUGUAUACAACUUGCAGUUUGUGUAUUGCCUUAAUUGAUUGGGUGAAUUGGCUUAAUAGAGCUUUGGAAGUCUCCAGUCAGUCCACUGCUGGAAGAUCCAACUUAAGUGAUGCUGAAGAAGUUCUCAGACAGUAUCAGAACGUUCUUGUCUCAUCUCCUGCAAUGAUUAGUCAGCUUCAGAAGGCUAUUGAGAAACACAACUCAUGGCUGGAUCAGGUGCAUUUAUUUUUUGCCCUCGACUUUACGGAUCGAUCAUGGGAUCAGUUGCUGCAACUUAAGGAAAAAGGGAAUAAUGAUGCCUUCAGUUGCUCAGAACUGGACAUGGUUUUUUCUGAGGUGCAUAAGACAGAGGAGUGGAAGCGCCGGUGUGAGGAUGUCUUACAUCCUUCAGUCAGAGAUGCUCACCUGCUUACAGCUCUUUCACAGACUGAAAACGCACUUGAGAGAUCAAUCAGCAUUUGUGAGUAUUCUAACCGGACCAAUGCAAGGGCGUUAUGUAUAUUCUGCUCACUUGAUGGUGUGAACCAGAAGCUUUUGACAUGUUCUACUUGCAAUGACUGCUUCCACUUGCAGUGCAUUGGAGGGUCACCAGGAGAUCCCAAUGAUUCUAAAGUUUUUAGUUGUCCUUAUUGUCAUUUUAUGAACAGUGGAAAAAUAUCGAGAAAUGGAAGUGAUCCUCUGAAUAUUGGAAGGAAGAAGUUCAAGUUGCACAAGCUUGUUGAGCUCUUAUCAGAUGAUGAACAUCUAUGUUUAUGGAUUCAGGAAAGAACUGUACUUCAUCAAAUUGCUCAAAAAGCUCUCGAUUUCAAAGCUCGUGUAGAAGAGAUCGUCAAGUUUGUUUUGUCUUAUUCAGAUAAAGAUCUUAGCAUUAUUGCUAAAAAGUUAUGUGUCGCUUUGAAGGCUGUACAUGUUGUUGGUGCAUAUGAUUCCGAGUCGAACAGCAAAAUCGAGCUGGCAUUAGCAAGAACUUCUUGGAAAAUCAGAGCUCAGAGAUUAUUAGACGGUUCACACAAACCCUCAAUUCAAGUGCUUCAACGGCAUUUAAAAGAGGGACUAGCUGUCGGCAUUCCUUCAGAAGAUUAUUUUAGACAGAGGCUGACCGAAGUGAAGAACAUUGCGUCGCAGUGGGCUGAUAUGGCAAAGAAGGUUUCAACAGAUGGGGGCGCACUUGGAUUGGAUAAGGUUUUUGAGCUCAUCAUGGAGGGUGAAAAUUUACCCGUGUCAUGUGAAAAGGAGCUUAAGUUACUAAGGGAUCGGAGUAUGCUUUAUUGCCUUUGUCGGAAACCUUAUGAUCAGAGACCGAUGAUUGCUUGUGAUAAAUGUGAUGAAUGGUAUCAUUUUGAUUGCAUCAAGUUAUGCUCACUGCCAAAAGUUUACAUUUGCCCUGCAUGUUGUUGCAUGGAGGGAGAGGAUUUUGCAUCAAUGUCAACAAGCGGCGAAGAGAGGGUCAUCAGUGGCAAACACGAGGUACCUCAGACGCCUUCCCCGCGACACAGAGAAUCAACAAGGAAAUCAAGAAAAACCAAAUGGGAGAGAGUGGAUGUUGCUGCUAAUAUAUCAAGUACUAGUAAUAUUGAACAGUUAUUCUGGAAAAAUAGGAAACCAUAUAGAAGAGUAGCUCGUAGAAGGUCACAGUUUGAGAGCUUAUCUCCCUUUAUUAUUGUGCAAAAUAGUUCAUCUGUGUAAAUACCUUAUUUUUGGUCUCUUAUCGAUUCUCAUUUUUUUGAGCCUUUGGCAA